AUGGACAAUAAUAUUAACCUAAGGCCAAAACAAGGAGAAAUGGAAAGCCAAGGUUUAAAGAGUCAACCCAUCACACAACAAUCACAGCCUCCUCAGCUGUUUAUAGGAGACUUAGAUGCCCAAGUGUCCGAAUCUCAGCUUUAUCAGCAUCUGAUUCGCUUUGGAGCCAUCAACUAUAUCCGCAUCAUUCGAAGCUUUAAGAACUUCACGUCUCUCAAUUACGCGCUGGUCUCAUUCUCUUCUCCAGACUCCGCCCUGAGGGCCCAGAGCGAGCUUGACGGCGAGCUCAUCAAUGGCAAACAUAUCCGUGUUGUCAAAUUCACCCAGGAGAGGUCUCAGGAAGCCAACAUUUUUGUGAAAAACAUCCCAGACUCAGUGACUGCAAAGGAAUUUAGAGACUACUUUUCAGUCUUUGGGAAUAUUACUUCGUCAAAAGUGGUGUACGACGACCAGGGCAGACCUUUGAGAUAUGGAUUUAUACAGUUUGACAAGCAAGAAAGCGCACUGGCAGCAAUCCAAAGCAAAAAUGGAUCGAGCUGGCAGGGACAAGUCAUUUCUGUGUCCAAGUUCUUACCAGUCAGCAUGAGAGUUGACAACUCGCCAAACAAGAAUCUCUAUGUGAGAGGAUUUCCACAAACUUUUACUGAGAACGACUUAAUGAGCAAGUUCUCACAGUUUGGCGAAGUCAUUUCAGUAGCCAGAAUGAUUUCGAAGUCUGGGCUUCCUUUUGGAUUUAUUUGCUUCAACAGGCAAGAAGACGCAGAAGCAGCCUUAGCCUUGAAUAACUCUGACGAGGACGGAUUUUACUGGUAUGUUGUCCCACAUAUGAAAAAGAGCUAUAGAGUGGCUCUGUUGAGAGAAAAGUAUUCUAAGCAAGUAGAACUCUGGAAAAGAGUUAACCUUUAUAUCAGAAAUCUUCCUCUAGGUAUUGAUGAAGAAAAAUUGGAAAAACUUUGUGGACAAUUCGGGGAAAUCACUUCAGUCAAAAUCUGCAAAUCAGAAAACAUCAAGUUUGAAGCUCCAAAAUAUGACGCUAGUGGGAAUGUUGUGAACCAGCAAUCAGUCAAUUUUACUUAUGACGCUUCUGGAAACCGCGUUCCUUCUCAAAUAACCAAAGAAAUGACCUCAAGAGGAGUGGCUUUUGUUUGCUUUAAAAAUGAACAAGCUUUAAAUAACGCCAUUCAUGGGCUGCAAGCUCAAACAAUUGAAGGGAAAAAAGUCUUUGUUGCAAAGUGGAAGCCAAGAGAAGAGCUGAAAAAAAUAAUUUUGCAGUCUAAGAUAAAGAAGCAGAUGAAAUAUAUGUGGCCAUUUGGCCCACAUGGAGGAAUGCCAAUGGGAAGAGGCAACUUCUAUAGGCCUCAAGGACCUCAAAAUAUGAUGCCAAGAGGCAGAGGAAUGCCUCAACCUCACAUGGGUCCUCAAAUGGGCCGUCCUAUGCCACCAAGAGGAAUGAUGCCGCCACAGCAUAUCCCACAUCCUCCAGCCCUUCACCAAAUCCAACAAAUUCAGCCUAUACCUCAACAAGUACCGAUUCCAAGGCCUCCGAUCCCAGACCUUACAAAAGUCGAUGCAGCUCAGCACAAGCAAAUUUUGGGUGAGGCUUUGUAUCAUUUAGUAAUAGCGUUUUCAAACCCAAAUAUUGCUGGCAAAAUCACUGGUAUGCUUCUUGAAAUGACAAACGAUGAAAUUUUAUCGUUACUAGGCAAUACAGCAGAACUCAAGGUCAAGGUCGAUGAAGCUAUCGCUGUACUGAGAGCAGCUUGGGCGAACAAUCCUGAACAGCUGAAGAUGCUAUUGCCAUUAGCUAAGUAA